AUGGCAAGCCUAGGCUACUGGCUUCUGCCAACGGCUGCCCUUAAUACACCAGAAGCUGUCAGCACCACCAGACUCUACAGCAAGGGAAUGUACUGCAAUGUACAAGAGUUGGUGACGUCAGUAGGGAAUGGCAGGAUGGGAAUGGUGAAUGUUUUCCAGAAAGAAAUUCUUGUAGCUGAAAGCCCAAACGUCUUCAAGUCUUGUCGAGAUUUGAAAAACUCGACACUUCCAAGACAACUGAUCCAACUGUCGUAUGGUCUUGUCGUCAUGUGUGACACAGUGACAGAUGGAGGUGGCUGGACAAUUUUCCAGCGUCGAGUCAAUGGAUCAAUUGACUUCUACAGAAACUGGACGGAGUACAAGUACGGGUUUGGAGAUUACAAGAUUGGAGACUUUUACCUGAGCAAUGAGAACAUCUACUGUCUUAACCUUAUAUAUCCUCACGAGCUACGAAUUGAUAUGAUUUACAAAGGGACCAGCUAUUUCGCGUAUUACUCUAACUUUACACUCUCAUCUGAAAAAAAAAUGUACAAGAUAUCUGUCAAAGGCUACUUGGGGACAAAAAAAGAUUCCUUCACCGUGAACAACAACCAAGAAUUUACCACAUAUGAUGUGGAUAACGACAAUGUUGGUAACAACAACUGCGCUGUCAUGUACCACGGGGUGUGGUGGUACAACGCCUGCCACACCAUCCAUCUGAACGGUAAAGUCAACAGCAAGGGUUUAAUUUGGCAAAGUAUCACUGGAAACUACGACAGUGUCAGUUGUUGUGAAAUGAAAAUUAGACCACGUCAGUAA